GGGUGUCCCCCUGACUCGAAACGAGCACACCAGGCACCGCCCACCGCAGUAGCUGCCUGCUCAGCUCCUCACUAUCACUGUUUGAAAGAUUGACACAGCUAGCUAGCUGACCAACUUAACAAGGGGCAGUUCGCGUGGGUGUGGGUGUGUGAGUCCUCCAGGCUGUGAUGGCAGAAGCUGGAGCCCCCGGGUCCGGGUCCAGGGCCAUGGACUGUGUGACCAAAGUGGCCUUGAACAUCUCAUGUGAUAAUCUGCUGGAUAUGGAUGCAUUCUCCAAGUCCGAUCCUCUCUGUGUGCUUCUCACGAACACCUCAGGGCCCCACUGGUGUGAGAUUGGUCGGACAGAGAAAAUCGAUAACUGCCUUAACCCCACGUUUUCCAAGUCCUUUGUCAUCGACUACUACUUCGAGAUGGUGCAGAAGCUGAGGUUUGAAGUGUAUGACAUCGACAGCGAGACAUGCAGCCUGCAAGAUGCUGACUUCCUGGGAGAACUGGAGUGUACCUUAGGACAGAUUGUGUCCUCGAGGAAGUUCACAAGACCUCUUGUCAUGAAGGACAAGAGACCUGCAGGGAAAGGAAGCAUUACGAUAUGCGCCGAGGAAAGAACAGAUAACAGGGUGGUGGAAUUUGAAGUUGCGGCUCGAAAACUGGAUAAAAAGGAUUUCUUUGGGAAGUCCGACCCUUUCCUGGAGUUCUACAAGCAGACAGAAACUGGAUGGCAGCUCGCUCACAGGACAGAGGUGGUGAAAAACACUCUAAACCCAACAUGGAGACCAUUCCGAAUCCCGCUGCAGUCACUCUGUGGAGGUGACGUGGAGAAAUCUAUAAAGGUGGAUUGUGUUGACUACAACAGCAGUGGAUCUCACGACUUUAUUGGAUCCUUUCAGACCACACUCGUCCAAAUACAGGAGGGUUCUAAAACAUAUGCGGCCGAGUUUGAAUGCAUCAAUAGUCGGAAGAAACAGAAGAAGAAAGGAUACAAAAACUCUGGUGUUAUCAUUAUAAAAAAGUGCAAGACAGUGAAGGAUUAUUCAUUUCUGGAUUUCAUAAUGGGCGGCUGUCAGAUUAACUUCACUAUUGCUAUUGAUUUCACCGGCUCCAACGGGGAUCCCAGGACCCCGAGGUCCCUCCAUUACAUCAACCCUCAGGGCUACAAUGAAUACCUGGCAGCUAUCUGGGCUGUGGGUAGUGUCAUCCAGGACUAUGACAGUGACAAGAUGUUCCCUGCUUUUGGAUUUGGAGCCCAAAUCCCUCCUACAAUGCAGGUCAGCCACGAGUUUCCCAUCAACUUCAACCCAUCAAACCCGUUUUGUGCAGGUAUAGAGGGUGUGGUCCAAGCCUACCAGCAGUGUCUGCCACAGGUGAAGCUUUACGGCCCCACAAACUUUUCCCCAAUCAUCAACCACGUUGCCCAUUUUGGCAGGCAAGCCAUUCAACAGCAGACUGCCUCUCAAUACUACGUUCUCCUCAUCAUCACUGACGGAGUGAUCACAGACAUGGACGAGACUCGCAGUGCCAUCGUCAACGCCUCCCGUCUGCCCAUGUCUAUCAUCAUUGUCGGAGUAGGCGGGGCAGAUUUCACUGCCAUGGAGUUCCUGGAUGGAGACGACGGGACUUUUUACUCUGCUACAGGCGAGGCCGCCAUGCGGGACAUCGUGCAGUUUGUGCCCUUCCGGCAGUUCCAACAUGGUCCCCAGGAAAUGCUUGCUCAGAGUGUCUUGGCAGAAGUCCCAGGCCAGGUGACGGGCUUCUUUAAUACCAUGGGUUUGAGGCCACCCCAAGGUGACACACCUCCCACUGACAUCUCAGCAUCUGCACCCCCCCAGUGAUAUAUGAUGAGGAUCAGCCUUUUUUUGUCAGUAGACGAAAUCUCAAUGCUCAGACACUUAUUUUUAUCUGAAUUUUUGGAGCCAAGUCUGCUUUACUUUUCUCGCUAUGGUGUAAUAAUACAUAUUCUUCCACGGCCAUAUUAGCAUGCCACGUCCAGUCAUGUUAUGAUUUGUAAAUCGUAGCCAAAACCAUAGUACAGUUUUGUUAACAUGUAGUUCGAUCAUUUAACGUUUACAUCUGACGUUAUGUGACUCAAGUGCCAGGACUGCUAAGAAUUCACGUACUUUCUUUUUAUUGAUCUGCACGGUUGAAUAGAAACCAGUGUGACUUCACACAAGGUCUUUGUUUUUUGUGGAAACAUCGAGGCAGCUAAUAACAUGUCGUGCUUCAUGUAAGUUCCACCAGUAUGAGCAAACUACAAUGAACACUUGUUUGUGGGUGUUCACACCUUUAUGUUGCCUUAAGAAAUCAGUACAUUUCCACUGAAACUCCGAACAAAGUUAUGGCUGUACCAAAUCCUGUGCAGUCAUGUUUACAUAACGGAUCCAUGGAUGAAUAUGUUUGUUUAAAUGAAUACCUUUUGUAUGCUACACUACAAAAGCUAUUGCAUUGUGUCCUUCUUGCUCUUUUGUACUUCAGUGUCUUUUUUUACAGUCACAUCCAGAUUCAAUUUGACUUACUAUUUGGUGCUUCUGUAUGAAUGUUAAUCAAGGAGAAUGCUAAUUAUCAUCAAUAAUUGUAGUGAAGUACCUUUGUAAAAAUGCACGUUUACACAGAUGUAGAUUAGAAGUGUAUUAUAUCUUAGAAGGAGGUAUUAAAACCUCUCAUUUUACUGGCUGUUCUGAAAAUGGUCUUAUACAUGCAAGCGUAUAUGUUUUAUUGUUAGUUGUAAACAAAGAUCACUGUGGCAUUGCCUUAUGUAAUAUACUAUGCAUAUUUUAUAGAAAUAUGAUUUACACUGCACGCAAAAAACACUUGACACGAUAACCAACUUCUACUUCAAUAUAUGUGAAAUUAUUAGGACAUUUGGUUAUUUUUGUUUUUGUAAUAUGUCUGUGCUUCUGCCUCAGUGUUAUAACAAAAAUUUUUUACGAAGCAGAGAUUUAUAUUGACAGCCAAAUUUGUGCAUUGUUAAAAUGUGUGUUAGACAAAGUUAGUCUCUUUCUUGCCAAGAAUGUUUAAGAAGUUUUAGUCAGACAAAACAAGUCAAAUACAUGACUUCAUAAAUAAUACUGAUAGGUAAUUAUUUUUAAAUAAAAAUGUUAAAAGCUUUUCCCUGAAACUCUGAUCAGUUUGUAAAAAAAAAAUACAAAAGCUUGUCAUUUCUUUUCCUUUAUGAAUUAUGUACCAGUUAAUCAGACUAAUUAAAACUAACUUUAUUUAA